AUGUACUUAUUUCAUUCAUACAUUUUCCUCUCCACAUUUGACCCAAUCCAUCUUCUUCCUUCUGACCGACAAGCGCCCAGAAUUUUCCAACGAAAUUGCACUUUGACCCCAACUCUCAUCUCGAUGUCUCGUCUUUUUCAGCUCGCCCAAGAACUUCUCGAUGAAAUCGUAGAUUGCGGUGUAAUGGUCGAUAAAUGGGACAAGGAGCAGCUCGCCAUCUGUUCGUUGGUUCAUCGAUCCUUCACACCUCGAUGCCAGCUCUAUCUUUUCCGACAUAUCACUCUGACAACCGACUCUGGCCUCAACAACGGCUCAAAACGUAGGAAACGAAUAGCGAACCUCUACAGUAUUAUCAUGCACGACCCCGUUAUUGCUGGGUUUAUUUCUGAGAUGACGAUCAUAUUGUCAAUGGCCCGUUCCGACUCUCAAUGGAUCGCGACCGACACCAAGUUCCUGCAGCUGAUGGAAUUGAUGAAAAAAUCCGGGAUGGUACUCCAAAAAUUUUACAUGUUCCAGGAAAUCGGCCUUUUUCGAUUCCCGGAAAGUGACUACGUCCUCAAAAACUUUUUGGUUCCCUUUAUUUCGCCUUCGAUAGCAACACUGCGUCUUCGCCGCGUCAUGGGCAUCCCUCUCGCCUUCUUCGCAUCUUGUCCCCGUUUAACUCACUUGAGCCUGGAUUUGGUUUCAAUCUCCCCGUCGCUCCCCAAGUCCAUCGUCCCUUUAAACAUCCCUCACAUGACGAAGUUGGUGUGGCACUAUCCGAAUAGGACAAUGGCGUCCUUGCUGCGAAUCCAGGCAUCUCAGGACCGGGACAUUAUAGAUUUUGCCCAUUUGACAGGCUUUUCAGCCACAUUGUACGACGAAGAAGAGGCGCACACAAUUUCCUAUAUUAUGCGUAUUGCUGAACGAUCCCUGGUCAGGCUAUCCUUAUCAAUCUUCGACGAGGAAUGGGCCGGUCCGUUCGUUCGGGAAGUACUAGUGAUAUCCCUCCGCAGCCUGUACCUGAGUGCGGGUGGGUUUACUUUAGAAGCAACAGAGGGCACUCUGCAGUUCGUGAGGACGCUCGCCAAGUUUCUCAGCACGGCCUUGCCUACGAAUAAUAUACGGAAAAUCACGAUAAAAGGGGAUGGGCCGUUUCCAGUGCGCGAUCCAAUUACAGAACAAGCCGAUUCCUUCGACGAGUGGAAGGCCCUAGACGCCGCUUUGCUCAAUAUUUCUUCGGGAAAAUCCAUUACUUUCAAUCUCAUUAUCAGAAUGCCACGGCAAGGGACCACAGGAGCCGACUCGGCCUUGAACCCGAACGAUAUUCGAGGGGCACUAUUGCAGCAUCUUCCGAGAUCAGCCUCGGAUCCCUUGAUCGGCGUUCAAAUUUAUUUCUCUCUUGUCGAUUAA